AUGUCAGCCGUGGUGCUGCAGCAGAUUCAGCUCAAAAUGGAUAUGAUCCCUGCUGUCACGCAGCCUCGCAGCCUCGCGGCGCUGAUAAUCCUGCUAAUUAUGGCGGGCAAUGAACAAAUUGUGCCUGAUUCGAAUUUGUAUUACGCUCAUGAUGAUAAGGCUCCAGAUGACUGGCAAUCAUACCAGACUCUUCGCCAAGCCGGUGUUCAUGUUCCUGCCGAUGAGAGGAUGUUUGAGACAUACGAAUCUUGCCAUCUAGUCGCCGUGCUUUCUGAUUCCGGUGAAGAGGAGAAUUCGUUAUUCCAAGCACCUAUCGUCGAAAAACCGUUGCACAUACUUGACAUUGGUACUGGAAAGGGCACAUGGGCGAUUGAAGUUGCGGAUACGCUACCAGAAACAACCGUUCGUGGAGUAGAUCUGUUCCCUCCUCCCGUGUCUUGGUUACCACCCAACUGCAUUCUAGAAGUCGAUGACAUCCUCGAAGAUUGGACAUGGCGAGAGCCAUUUGACUUGAUUCAUCUUCGAAUCCUUGAUUGUGCAUUCACUUCCGAAGAAACUGAAAAUGUCUAUAAGCAAUGCUACGAUCACAUGCAACCAGGUGGAUGGAUUGAACAACUAGAAAUGAGUUCUUUCCUCGAAUGCGACGACGAAAGCGUGGCGGACGAUAGUAUUCUUCGAACUUGGGGUCCCCGCUUAACAAAAGCCGCCGAGAAAUCAGGUCGAAGAUUCGGAAUAAUGCAUACCAUGCGCGACUCUAUUGCAAAGGCUGGGUUCACCGAUAUUCAUGUAAAAGAAUACAAACUGCCUGUCGGACCUUGGCCUCGAGAUAAACGGUUAAAGGAGAUUGGUUCGGUCAACUUUCAUCACUGGGCAGAUGGAAUGGAUGGCUAUUCUAUGUGGCUUUUAACGAGAUAUGGUGAUCCGGACGAGGAUAUGGGCGAGGAGACCACUGGAAGAACAUACCAGGGCAGAUUCAAUAAUUAA